CAGCAACCAUGAUCUAAAUAUUGAUUCUCAUCGCCGUAUAAGAAGAAACUUGCAGACUUAUCUGAAGGACGGUCGGAAGUUCGCGGACUCGACGGGACAAUCCGAACACCGAUGCCCUAAUUCUCUGUCUGAAACGGAAAGAGCAGAUCGGAGAGUCGAAUGGUUUACCUUCUCUAAGAUCUGCUUCUGACGGAAAAAUUGCCAUGGCGGAGGGAAGGAGGAGGCGCUCCUCCUUCGAAGAACGCCCGCCUAGUCCCGUUAAGCAUCCAUCCACCUCCUCGUCUGGCAACGACAACCCACCGGCCCUCGACGGCUCCUUUCUUCUACAGCUUCUUCAGAAGAAGCCACAUGCAACUUCAUCCUCUUCCUCAAAUCCUGUUCUUCCCCACGAAGCUCUACGCCCUUACCAGGACCCUGCCGUAGCUGCGAUCGGCCGUGGCUUUCCCUUUCUUCCUCAUAGCUUACUGUCUCAUCCCCAGCCUUCCUGGGAACCCCAAAGCUUAUUUUCUUCUCUUGAUGCCGGGAACCGCAACCUCGCGGGAGGGCAGCAGUUCUUCCCAACGGACGACAGGACGUUAGGGUUUUUGCCGAGUGGUGUCAUUCCUCCCAAUUCCGCUCCAUUGAACAGUAAUCUACGUCGGAUUUCUUCGAGCUCGCCUCAUGACGGGUUUUUGGCGUCUAAUCGGACGAGGAACUUAAGCGGGAAGGUUUCUGGUUAUCGGGGCCAACAGGAGAGAGUUUCUAUUAGACCUCCUCCUGGAUUUGGGAAAGUCGGAUCUGAUGGUUUGGCUGAAUUUAAUAAUCAAGUGGAAUGUGGUGCCCGUAGUCAAAUUGGUUAUACUGGGUCUAACCAGCAGUGGAGGCCGCAUAGUCGUCCUGAGUGGAGACCCGCUUACAAUGAGGAAGGAAGGAGUGCAACAGCAUUUAAAAUGUCGCAGAGAUUGAAUUCUCAAAAUGAUAGUGUUGAGAAACGGGAUGUGAAACGAAGGGGCGGGAGGAUCUUAGAUAAUGAUGCACGGUGUAGAGGAUUGCCAAAUGGAUUUACUGUUAAUGGAGAAAAGCAUUCUCAAUCUGGUUAUUCAGGUCUUCCUAUUCUGAACAACUGUGAUUCCAUAGGAGAGAAACAUAGUGAAGAAUCUGAUAAAGAUUUGAUGGAUAAUGAAAUUGAUGAAAAAAGCAUUGAGAUUUUGGAAGAAUUGGAUCAUGUUGAAAUUGGACAAUUUUCUUCUAGAAAUGAGGCUUGCAAUGAAGAGGAUUUGCUGGGCAAACACCUUACAGUUUCUCUUAGUGAAAAUUUGACUUUAAGGGAAGCAAAAGGCAUAAAAAAUUCACGGUAUAAGCAGGAUGUCAGGAAGGAUUUCUUUAGAGGUCAUAAAGUAUCAAGCCAACGAGCCAGGAUCCGGAGAAGAGAAUUACGGAGCCCUCAUGGCUUGGACAGUUUUGGACCUUGCUUUUUUUCUAUUUUUAAGUCUCUCGUACCAUCAGAGGAUGAAAUAGUUAAGCAAGAACAACUGCUACUCUCGCUGAAGAAAUUGGUGAAAAAGGAAUGGCCUGAUGCUGAACUCCAUCUCUAUGGUUCAUGUGCUAAUUCAUUUGGGGUUUCAAAUAGUGACAUUGAUGUUUGUCUCGCAAUAAAUGAUUAUGAGAUAAGCAAGCUUGAUAUUCUGUUGAAGUUGGCUGAUAUUUUAGAGUCCAGUAAUCUCCAAAACGUGCAGGCACUUACCCGUGCUAGGGUUCCUAUUGUAAAGAUGAUGGAUCCUGUAACAGGAAUUUCUUGUGAUAUCUGUGUAAACAAUCGUUUAGCUCUUGUCAACACCAAGCUUCUCAAGGAUUAUGCUCAAAUUGAUCAGAGAUUAAGGCAGCUAGCUUUUAUUGUGAAACAUUGGGCCAAGUCUCGUCGAGUGAAUGAAACAUAUCAAGGAACCCUUUCUAGCUAUGCCUAUGUGCUGAUGUGCAUCCACUUCUUACAAACACGGAAACCAGCUAUUCUUCCUUGUUUGCAGGGAAUGGAGGCAACUUGUCGGGUAACUGUGAAUGAGACUGAAUGUGCCUACUUUGAUAAAGUUGAAAAACUUAAGAACUUUGGAGCCCGAAACAAAGAAAGCAUCACGCAACUACUUUGGGCUUUUUUCCAUUAUUGGGCAUACUGUCAUGAUUAUACAAAUGACGUUAUAUCUGUACGUACUGGAAGAAUUAUUAGCAAGCAAGAAAAAGAUUGGACGAGGCGGAUUGGCAAUGAUCGCCACCUGAUAUGCAUAGAGGAUCCUUUUCAAGUCUCACAUGAUCUCGGCCGUGUGGUUGACAAGUUCAGCAUCAAGAUUCUGAGGGAAGAAUUUGAAAGGGCCGCAGAUAUACUACAAUACAAUUCAAAUCCCAGUGUCACUCUUUUUGAGCCUUAUAUACCAGCCUCACCUCCAACUGAGCCUGGUGAGUCACUUUAGCUCCAACUUCAGCUUUUUAUCUCUCUAUCGAUCUAUUUUACCGUUUUGGAUUCUGAAAUUAUGGCUAAGUUGUUUUAUACGCGGUGUGCAGUUUAUUUAGACGAGAUGUCUACUUGUCUAUUGUAUAUAACCCAUCGGCCUAUUUUUUUCUGCUAUGAUGCUAUUUUGGUAUUUCCUCAUCAAAUAAUUUGCUUAUGUAUUUGUGUUUGUUUAUGAUCUGAAUUGCUUUUGUUGUGUUUGUUUAUAUUUUCUAUGGAUAUUGAAGUGCAUGUUCUAACU